AUGCAUCCAUGCACUUUUGAGGGUUGUCACAAGUCAUUCACACGCGCGUUCAACUUGCGUUCACAUCUCAACACCCAUAACGGUGAGCGUCCUCAUAAAUGCCCCGAACCUGGAUGUGACUGGGACUUUGUUCGUCGUCAUGACCUAGACCGCCAUGUCAAAUCGAAACACAUGGCCAACAAGCCUUAUGCUUGCCGACAUUGCCCAUCACGAUUUGGUCGCAGUGAUGCGCUCCAAAGGCAUCGUCGUCUUGAGAACCACAUGUAA